AGACUACGCAUGCUUUCCCAGUGGACUUUAUCCACAACACAAAAUUUAAGAACUGCUCGAGUAUUCUCAAAGCGAUGCAUCAUAAUAUUGUAGUGUGUUAGGACCGGCGUUGGCUUACAAAGCAUAUAAUAUAGAGAACGCAGCUCAUGAAUCAACAAACUGGGCCGGUUUGGCGAUGGAAUCUUGACUUGAUGAAUGCGCCGAGGGUGUGCGUUCUCGUUCGGCGGAAUAUAAAAUUAUUACAGAUUCUGUAGGCUACAAACCGGUUAAGCCAUUUGAUUGUGCAGUGCGUACUGCGUAGUUUCACGUGCCGCACAGCGCUCGCGUCUAGCGCGUAUACAGCAUCGAUCGCGUCGACUACGACUUGAGGUGUAGCGGAAUGCGCUAGCCUUGGCCAACGCGCAUAUGAUAUUAAUAUAUUCUAGGGGUAAACGAGAAUCGGCAGUUUUGAUUGCGAAACGUUAUCGGUGGCGUGAUUAAUUGCAUUAUCUGGUUGGAGGAUUUUUACGCGGGCAUUGUCGUCGCUAGUGUGCGGAAGAUGGGUGAAAAAAUGGAGCCGAUGAUGACGGACGGGCGAGAUUAUGAUGUGGAGACAGGGAAUCCCAAGGCGCACUACAGCUUCGACGAGACCUCCAUUCGCGCCGCGUUCGUACGGAAGGUGUUCGGCAUCGUAUCGGUGUUGCUGCUGAUAACGACCGGAUUCAUUGCUUUGUUCAUGUUCAUUCCCGAAUUGCAUUAUUUUGCCGCCACAAACCAACCGAUGAUGAUUGCGUCAAUGGUGUUAACAUUCGUCAUUAUUAUCGCUCUGGCCUGCUUCCAACAGUUGCGCCGGCAAACUCCCGUCAAUUUCAUUCUGCUCAUUCUCUUCACAUUGUGCAUGAGCUGGAUGCUGGCGACGGUGACGGCGUUCUACGAGGUGGAGUCGGUGCUCUGGGCAGCCGGCGUAACGGCCGUUAUAACCAUUGCGCUGACCAUCUUCGCCAUGCAGACCAAAUGGGACUUCACCAUAAUCAGCGGUCUGAUGUUGGUCGUCAUGGUCGUCCUGCUAUUCUUUGGCAUAUUCGCCGCCAUUUUUCAAAGCCGCAUUUUGCAUGUCACCUACGCCGCCCUGGGAGCCCUCGUCUUCGGCAUCUAUCUGGUGAUCGAUGUGCAAUUAAUGCUUGGUGGACAGCACACUUACUCGGUGUCACCGGAAGAGUACGUCUUCGCUGCCCUGAACAUCUAUCUCGACAUUGUCAAUCUCUUCCUGAAGAUUCUCAUCAUCAUCGGAAACACAAAAAAAUAAACGAUGAGUGCUGGAAUUGUUGUACUGAAGCCAUAUCGCUGCCGAUAGAAUGAUAGUACUGUAAUCAUCCGCAUCGCUAGAUCGUAUAUCGUGUACGUACGCAUGUGAUCUUUUGACCCGUCGCUGCUUAUUGUUAAAUAUUUUUUCUAUUUUUGCUUGUUAGAAUAUUAGUUUUCAUUUUGUUUUUAUUACUGUAUAACACUAUAAGUACUAACAGGCCAAGUCGGUUAUAUGGAGUGUUUUUAUAGCGCCGCGGUUUGGAUCUCUACGAAAUGUGGCAUUUUAUUACAGCGGAACAGUUGUUCACUUGUUACGCUCCGCGAAAAUGAAAGUGCACUGUGCUUUCGUUGAACUGAAGUAAUUAAAAUCAUU